AUGAACUACCUUCUAUUCUUUCUAUUGGUUACUGUGGCUACCUGUCAAGAUGAAUACGGUUGUGAAGAUGACUGUGAAUGCUCGGAUAUCCUCGACAAACUUGCAUGGACUGAUAGAAACACUAUUUUGUAUACUGAAGAAGCGGGAUGCGUCAGAAACAUCACUUGUGAGAUUAAUUCGUUUACUACACGUGCCCAAGUAGGUCCCGAUGCACCAACAGAAUUGAGUACAAACAUAUUCGAAUUUUUUGGAAUGAUUUGUGAGAAUUAUGAAUGGUAUAUCACCAAAUACCCGCAUGGAGUUCACUAUCGAACCGCUGCGGGAGAUUCAUUAAUCGGAACCAACGGAGAACUUGACGGAAAAAAGAGUAAACUUUAUUUAUUUCAGUGGUAA